AUGUCAUCGCCACUUGAAAACUUAGAAACACAAUUAGAGAUGUUUAUAGAGAAUGUACGCCAAAUACGAAUUAUAGUCAGCGAUUUUCAACCACAAGGACAAAGUGUAUUAAAUCAAAAAAUACAAUCACUGGUUACUGGACUUCAAGAAGUAGAUAAGUUGAAAUCUCAGGUUCACGACAUUCAUGUUCCAACAGAAGUUUUUGACUACAUUGAUCAAGGUAGAAACCCCCAGCUCUACACUAAAGACUGCAUUGAUAAAGCUUUAGCAAAGAAUGAAGAAGUCAAAGGAAAAAUUGAUUCAUAUAAGCGGUUCAAAAGUCAUCUGCUUUCAGAGUUGUCCAAAACCUUUCCUAAUGAGAUAGCCAAGUAUAAGGCAAUAAGGGGUGGCGAA